AUGUCUUUUACAUCCGUUCCAGUCUUGGAUCUCGCAAAAGCCAACAGCCCAGAGACCAAGCCUCAACUGUUAGACGAGCUGCGUCAUGCUUUGAUGGAAGUUAGGUUCCUGUACAUCAAGAAUACUGCCAUCUCAAAUGAGCUUUUGGAACAAGUCAAAGCAGCUGGAAAGGCAAUCUUCGAUAUUCCAGAGCAAGAAAAGUAA